UCAAAAAACUUGAAAAAGUUUGUUGUGAAGGAAAUUGAAAAAUGAAAAUAUUAUGUAUUUGAAGUGAAUAGUGUAGUAUUUCCAAACUAUUUACAGAAAAGAUAUCAUAUAAUAAUUAAAAUGGACCACAUUUUUUCAAUAGGCAAAAAACCAAAUAAGACUAUCCAUGCCUACAAACAAAAUAUAUUCAACAAGCUUGAUAAAUCUGUACUCUGUUCUAUUUCCUGUACUAAUGUUGUGGCAUUUAGUACUGAGAGUAAUAUAGAGGAAACCAAUUCCUUAUUUUGGAGUUCAAACGUAUAUGUAGCAGAUUUAAACAGUCCAUGGCAAGUUCAUAAAAUUUUGUGCAAUUCUUCACCAGUGACAGUGCUACAAUGGGACUUCACAGGUGAACUAUUACUGAUAGCAGAUGAAAGUGGCUGUGUUCGAAUUUACCGUACAAAGGACUAUAUAUUAAAUGAUUGGACGUUGGUUCUACAAACUACAUUGCAAGGAGAGCAUAUUUUGGCUGCUGCAUUUUUCCAUUCAGGCAAAAGGAUUUGUCUGAAUUCAGAAAAGAAGGAUUGCUCCUCAUACAUCGAAAAAUUUCAACAUGUGAAGUUUGCCUGUUCUGUGAAACAAUUCGGAGGCAGACCUACCAGCGGCGCUCUCUUGUUAACGACUACCGGAAUGUUGGCAGCGAUUCUUCUACCCCAAUACACAAGCCAAACCCCAAUGUUACUCGCCACGGAGAGUUUGGGCCCUACUCGUAUUUAUGUCAAAACUGCAGAUAUAUGUUACGGCAAAAAUGGACAUUUUCUGUUGGCUGUGAGCAAUGGAGAUCCUUCGAUGCCCAUUCAGUGCUAUAAUGUCUCUGUUAAAAGAGUAGAAGACAAAUGUGUCAUUACCAGCCAAUCAUUACUUAGUUUUUUCUUAUUUGAAGCCCCUAAAGAAGCUUUAAUGGAUCAGUUAUCGAAAGAUAAAUGUACAGUGAGUCAUAUCAAAUGGAUAAUGAGGGAAGAUGCAGACUCUUUGGUUGUGACGGCAAGUAGUGAUAAAAUGAGUUGUCUCCAAGUAUGGGAGCUUAGGGAAAAAGCUUUACCUGUACAUAAAUCUUUGGGUAAUUCUGAAAGCCCUCAGUUUUUUAACACAGUGCUUNUCGCGGACAACACUAUCUACUGUCUGUACAGAGACACACUCAAACCCAUAUGCAGUACGACAUUGUCGAUGACACCACGUUACCUAGAAGAGCCCAACGCCAAGUACCAGAAAGUGAACACGAAAAUAUUAAAUAUAGACAUGUCAUGGCUGGGUAACAUGCUUUUAGUUGUUGACUCAGACGACAGUUUGCAUUUGUUUAAGUUGCCCCCACAAAUCGAAAGCUCAGCUCCUUUAAGUGUGCCAUACUGUACGACUAUUUUAGAAUAUUGUUUGGUUAGUGGUUUGGACUGGUUGGAUUUAUUAUUGGUUCUCAGACCUGGAAUGUUGGACGCUCUUUGUGACAGACUAACAGAGAGCUUUAAUAGACAGCCCACUUCAGUGCAACAGUUCUUCUAUGUACAAUAUUUGUGUGUAAAAACAUCACUGUACAGAUUAAGUUUUCAAGGCCAGGCGAAAGCGAAUGAUCUCACACAUUUCCUCAUGCUGCACAGUAUAUCGACAGCUUUUAAAAGUUUGCUCAGGCCCAGCGAAAUGAAUAGCCAUGAAAAAAGUCCAGCGGAUUCAUUAGCAACUGUGAUUGCUGAAGGCCAGAGUGAUGUUGACAAGGCUCUCAUGCACCUGGAAGCUAAGGAAUUCACAGUUGAAACUACAACAUUACAGAGCCUGCAGCAGCUGAUCCAGUGGGUCGCUGACUUGGCCUUAAACUUGUUGGUGAAGUUGCCUGACAGCAGACCUGUUACUGGAAAACCAUACGAAUUAUUAAGGGACGUGAAGGCUUUGAAUAUGUUACGAGAAAUGUUGGUCCUCAUUCGAAUAUGGGGGCUACUGAGGCCUGCGUGUUUGCCGGUUUUUAUCAAGUCUGAUGCUAGCCUAGACGUGCUAGCUUUGGUGUUUAGAUUACUAAGCCGAUUGGUGCAGAAUGUGAAUGAACCGGAUGAUACGCUUAUCG